UCUGCUGGCCAAGCACUUGGAAAGGAGACAGGAAGCAUAUUAUUUUUAAAAGCUGAGAGAGCUCGAGAACAUCCCGGUGAGCAGCUGCCAGCAGAGAUGGGUUCAGCCUCUUCCAGCUCCCAGUUCAUCCCCAGCCGGGUACUCGCUCUGGCUGUCCUGGCGCUUGUCCUACUGCUGUGCCUGGUGCCAAAUGGAACAACAGGAAACAAACUGAAGCUCUUGCUUCAAAAACGAGAAGCAUCUGCUCCAACUAAGACGGAAGUUUCAGUAGGUGAAAGCGAAGCAAAAGAAUUUUUAAACAGCAUGAAACGCCAGAAACGCCAGCUGUGGGACCGGUCUCAGCCAGAUGUCCAGCAGUGGUACCAGCAAUUUCUCUACAUGGGUUUUGAUGAAACUAAAUUUGAAGAUGAUGUUACUUAUUGGAUAAACAGAGGCCGAGAUGGCCAUGACUAUUAUGGAGGUUACUACCAGCGCCAUUAUGAUGAAGAUGCAGCCAUUGGGCCGCGCCAUGCAGACACCUUCAGGCAUGGAGCCAGUGUCAACUACGAUGACUACUGA